AUGACAGUCGUCGACUGUGUUCCAAAGCCCGACAAUUUUAAAGCUUGUAUCUGUCAGUAUCAGCUUUCAUCCGAAGCCAAAACCCUUUCUCACAGUCACGAUUCUCGAAUCAGGCAGGAAUAUUUUGCAUCUGAAAAAUCCUCAUACACUUCGGCCAACCGGACCAUCGAGCCAAAUGGAAAGGGGAGGAUGGACCAAGAUCAGACGAGGAACGAUUAUGCUACAAGUGUUACAGCUGUCUGUAAGGAGACAGAAACCCAUGAUAUCGGCCCAAAGAUGUUUUCUGCUUUGCAGCUUCUUCUUCAGCCGUUGUGUAAGGGCUUCCGCUUGCUGGACAACCUAAGAAACGAAAACUUCCAGAGGGAUGCUCAGGUGGAAAUUCAAGCUGUUGGGUAA